UCCAACCACAUGGUGAUAACAUUUCUCUCACUGCACAGAGCUGCAAACUUCUAUGGGAACAGUGUGACCUCUGAACGUUAACACUGUUACAAUAACCUUGACAGCAAAAAGGCUUUAAAGACGGACGAUCCAGUUUGAAGACGAUACUGUUUUUGAAGUCCUGGCGCAAGUGCAUAGUUCAAUUUUAAAGUCUGUGCCGUUUCUAAGCGGGCAGAAGAGGUAACAGGCCUAUAACUUCAAGUUAACGUUGAAGGAAAACUAUCAACGAUGGCUAAGUACCUUGCCCAGAUCAUCGUAAUGGGUGCCCAGGUAGUUGGACGGGCUUUUGCGAGAGCACUGCGGCAAGAAUAUGCCGCCAGCCAAGAGGCUGCCAGAGCAAGAGGUCGCGCGGGUAAAGAAUCUGCUGCUGCGUCUAGCAUCACGGGUAUGACGUUACAGGAGGCACAACAAAUACUGAACAUCUCAACACUUACGCCAGAAGAAAUACAAAAGAACUAUGAACAUUUAUUUAAAGCCAACGACAAAUCUGUUGGUGGCUCCUUCUACCUACAAUCAAAGGUCGUAAGGGCAAAGGAACGCCUUGAUGAAGAACUGUCCAUUCAGAAUCAGGACAAACAGACAAAACCUCCACAGGAUCAGCAGUCGACGACAUGAAGAAUGAUAAUUCAUCCACUUCAACCAUGUGACCACAUACCCAAACCCUUUCUAAAUUAUGCCCCUACCUGUAAUAAAGCCUUAUUCUUUUCUGUA